AUGGCCACCAAACCCGACCAAUCCACCUGUCGCUUUUCCAAGCGAAUCUCAUUCCGAUGGCUCACAACGCCCGCUGAGGAAACAACCGACACAAUUGUGAUGUCCGUGAAGGACUGGUACGUUGAUCUGCGGAUAGAAACGACAACUGGCAAAAUCGACUGGGCGAUUGCUGGACAAAGGAUUGUCGAGAGUCAGGAGCCUCUGAAAGUGACAUUCUCCCAUGAACUUGACUCUCACAAUGCCUUUGAGACCAUUGAUUGUGGCACUUUCGUUCCCCUGCCAAACGGGGAUGCACUUGAGAUGGGGUCUAUGCCUCGUCAUGAUCUCCCCGGUGCACCUGACAAGGAGUAUGAGGAGGUAUGGCGGGAGUUGCCAUUCAGAGAAGGUCCCGAGGGGCCGAAAAAGGGUCUUUCGUGGGUGCUGGAGUCGGAUGAUGGAGAUGUCAGCAAUGAAGAAGGCUCGGUAACGGUUACGAAGACUUUUAUCGGUCGCAUCUGGGGAACGUAUUUGGCGCUGCGCCAGAUGCAGAUUCAUACGCGACAGAAGACUCCAUCUGGUGAUCUGGUUGUUAAGAAGUUCGGCGCUGAUGUUAGUGCCAGAAGGGAAGAGUGGGAAUCGGGGUGGAAGGAGAAGUAUUUGGUUGGCGAAGAUGCAGGUGCUUUGCCUUCGAUGGUGGCCGGGUUUGAUGGGGAGGGUGUGGGAUCUUGGAGAGUACCCGGGGAGAAGGUACAAGUUCAAGGAAAGACGUAUAUCGUUCGAGCUUUUGAGGAGAUUGCGUAG